ACAUGUCUGUACACAACUAGCUUCGUGUAGAUCUUUCAACAACAUCCCAAGUCAUGCCUUUAAUAGUUAUGUGUGGUUAUCCAUGCAGUGGUAAAACUCGGAGGGCAGAGGAAUUAAAAGUGCAUUUCGAACAAAAUACCGACAGAAAGGUUCACGUUGUUGGAGACUCGCCACUGUCCGCUGAGAAGAACGUCGUGUAUGCAGAUUCCCAAAAGGAAAAACAGGUCAGAGCUGCACUGAAAGCUGAAGUUGAAAGGAACGUCAAUAAGGAUGACAUUGUUAUAUUGGAUUCGUUAAACUACAUUAAAGGCUACCGCUAUGAGCUUUUCUGUCUCAUAAAACAUGCACAGACACCACACUGCCUGGUGUAUUGUUUGACAUCAGAUGAUGUGAGCUCAGAGUGGAACACCAGCAGAGAUCCAGAGGAGCAGUACACACAGGAAAUCUUGGAUGCAUUAGUUCUGAGGUUCGAAGCGCCAGACUCCAGAAACCGGUGGGACAGUCCACUUUUCAACAUCCUCCGAGAUGAUACACUUCCAUUUGAAGCCAUCACUGACGCGCUCUUCAAAAGAAAAGCACCGCCACCCAACCAGUCCACUCAAAGUCAACCACUCUCAUCUGCAAACUUCUUGUACGAGUUAGACAAGAUCACACAGGAUGUGUUAAUGGCAAUUUUUAAUGCACAGAAGACAAGUAUUCCUGGAGAUCGCAUUUCAGUUCCAGGAGCAACCGAGAAAAUGGAGCUGAGCAGGAGCGUCAACAUGGCCGAGCUGCGCAAAUUCCGGCGCCAGUUCAUCAGCUACAGCAAGAUGCACCCGACGGAGAACACGGGUCAGAUUUCCAACAUGUUUGUACAGUAUGUUAAUAAAAGUCUUCAUUGAUGAAUGUUUGCCACCAAUUAAAAUAUAAGUACUUUUAAAUUGGAAAUAUUGAGUUCCUUUAACCAGCAUUAUUUUCGAGACACUUUAAUUUGUUAUUUGUUCUUUCACUGAAUUCUGCAAAUCAGUCAUGAACAUUUGGCUCAACUAAAGCUCCCUUCAGUACUUUGCUCAAGAACACAACGUCCUUAAUUCUUUCCAACGGUUUGCUUGACCUGUACACAACGUUCUAAAGCCUACUUUUUUUCCUCCCGUUGUAAGGAAAAUAUGAAUGAAAGAUUUGGACUUAUGUAAGAAGAUCAUGAGGAAAAGGAGGUUGCCCAUUCACGUUGUUAAUGACGAUGAAGAAUGAGUCAGCAAUGUGCAUGAUGACUGCUUACAUUUUCUAAUAAAUA